AUUUUCUUUAAAAAAAAAUAAAUAGAUAAAUCUUUAAUCUACAAAUUAUGUUUCUUGUUAAUUGGUUUUGGGAUGUUUUGGCCUCUUUAGGUCUUAUGAAUAAGAAUGCGAAGAUUCUUUUUUUGGGUCUUGAUAAUGCUGGUAAAACUACUUUAUUACACAUGUUGAAGAAUGACCGUUUAGCUACUUUACAACCUACUCUUCAUCCCACUUCAGAAGAACUUUCGAUUGGUAAUGUUCGAUUUACUACUUAUGAUUUGGGUGGUCACCAACAAGCCCGUAGAUUAUGGAGAGAUUACUUUCCUGAAGUCGGUGGUAUUGUCUUUUUAGUUGAUUGUGCUGAUCAUGCUCGUUUCCCGGAGGCAAAGGCCGAAUUAGAUGCACUUUUGGCUAUUGAACAACUUUCAAAAGUUCCAUUCUUAAUUCUCGGUAAUAAGAUUGAUGCUCCUGGAGCUGUUAGUGAAGAAGCACUUCGACAAGAAUUAGGCUUAUUCCAGACAACUGGCAAGGGCAAAGUAGUUUUGAAUGAUAUUCGUCCUAUUGAAGUUUUCAUGUGUUCUGUUGUUAUGAGACAAGGCUAUGGCGAUGGUUUCCGUUGGCUCUCUCAAUAUGUUUAAAAAAAAAAAAAAAAAAAAAAAA